GGUUCAUGUGGAUAAAGUACACCUCAUCCCUCCCUUCACAUCAUGUCCCCUACCCGUUGGCCACGCUCACUGCAUGCUUUUUAAACCCCCCUCGCCGGCCUCCAGACGUCGUUCCCUUCUGCCCGCGGGAUGAUGGACAGCAGGAUACUGGAUCCACCUCACGCCCAGUUCGGAGGCUCACUCGGCGGGAUGGUGGGCUUCCCGUACCACCUGAGCCACCAUCACGUCUACGAAUUAGCCGGGCACCAACUUCAGUCCGCGUCCGCGGUCCCCUUCUCGAUAGACGGAUUACUCAAUGGCUCGUGCGCGGCGUCGGUGGGCAGUUCCAACCCGCUGCUGUCUUCGGGCUGCGGGAUGAACGGAGACAAUCAGCAGUACAAGCUGACAGACUCGGGGGACCCGGACAAAGACAGUCCCGGUUGCAAGAGACGGAGAACACGCACAAAUUUCACCGGUUGGCAGCUGGAGGAAUUAGAAAAGGCUUUUAACGAGAGCCACUAUCCCGACGUGUUCAUGAGGGAGGCCCUGGCGCUUCGAUUGGACCUGAUAGAAUCAAGGGUUCAGGUGUGGUUUCAGAACCGCAGGGCCAAGUGGAGGAAAAAGGAGAACACAAAGAAAGGCCCGGGUCGACCUGCUCACAACGCCCACCCGACCACCUGCAGCGGGGAGCCCAUGGACCCGGACGAGAUCGCCCGCAGAGAGCUGGACCGCAUGGAGAAGAAGAAGCGCAAGCAGGAGCGCCGGCUGCUCAAGUCCCAGAACAGGCUCGCCGCCGGGGAUUUAUUUCACACCCCGGGAUCGGACAGCGACAGCGGGGUGUCGCACGUGACCGACAGUGACCACACGGGCCCGCCUUUUGACCCCGUGGUGGGGAAGCACACGCAGUCGACCUGCGACCAAACACCUCACCCGCUGCAGACCCAGAACCACAACCAAAGACACCUGGACCGGGAGGCUGGCGGAUCCGAGCCGGACUCGCCCGACGCCAGCCACCGGCCGAGCCUGUGCUCCAACAACAACCAACAACAACAACAACAACAUCAACAGGCGCCUCCGGCGCGCCAGAAACUCAACCCUUUCAGCGUCGAGAGCCUCCCUGUCAGACUCCAGGCCCGACGCAACCCCGCGGCCUUACCCUCCAGGCCUUUGAUAGGGAAAGGACACUUCCUGCUCUAUCCCAUCACGCAGCCGCUCGGAUUCAUUGUCCCACAAACUGCCCUGAAGACCACCACCACCACCCCCACCACGGCGGCGGCGGCGGCUCACUGCGCCAGCGACCCCCCGGCGGAGAGGAACCAGCCCGGCGCGCGCUGCGGCGGCGGCGGCGGCGGCGGCGGCGGCUCCGCGGGAUGUAGGAGCGGCUCGCCGGAGCGCGCAGACGCGCCGCGAACGCGGCCGGUGGGGUCGGAGGACGAGACGCGUUCACCGCACACCAGCCCGCCCAGGGCCGCCUUCCCCGCUGGCAAAGGCAGCCAGACCCCCGCGAUUUGCAGCGAACACGGCGCGCACCUCGCUCGGCCUGUCGACGCAGACAGAAAAGAGCAUUUAGAGAUCAAGGAGCAGCCCGAGGACCCGGAGAGGCUCCCCGGUGACAGUCCGGCGCAAACAAAGACAGACUGUAAAGAAGAUGUCGACAUGGAAUAAACCAUCCAGUGGGGGCCGAAUCGCGCUGAUGUGGCCUCUAAACGACACCUUUCAUUAGGCCAAAGCUUAACCAGAAACCACAUCUUUGCAACUAAUCUAGGUUCCCCCACUGCACUUAUUUUGACAAUGUUCUCUCUCUCUCUCUCUCUCUCUCUCUCUCUCUCUCUCUCUCUCUCUCUCUCUCUCUCUCUCUCUCUCUGAGUGUGCGCGUGCGUGUGUGAGGAAUCUCUAGAUAUCCUUUAAUGUGUGAUAACUUGUCGGGGGAAAAAACAACAACAACACCAACAACAGGAGUCCAACAAAAUCCUCAAGAGCUGUAAAAAGGUAUUAUACUAUUUAUAUAUGUAAGGUUUUUCUUAAAUAAAUCUAUUGUAUACAAGCACCUCAAA